AUGGCCAAUCUUCUCGAUCUUCCCGUUGAAGUAUUCCAGAUGAUCACCCACGACCUAGUCAGCAGUGCGAUCGGCAACGUCACCGUCCCUUACCAGAAAUCUCGUAUUAACGACGUCUGGAAGCUGAGAGCUGUUUGCCGUACCUUUGCUGCAGAGAUCGAGCGCAAUGUUUUCUCUCAGCAGCCAAAAGAGUCGUACUAUGACUGCUACGUUCUUCGGCGCCUUGUCAUGAAGCGUCUGCCUCAAUACAUGAUGCAAGUCAAACGAGUACCCGGCAAUAUCAACGAAGACUUUCAGGCACGAUUACAGCGUAUGACCAGCUACAUUCUGCAAAAGCUUGACAUCAAGGAUGAGAAGCAACGCGCAGAUCUCAUGGAAAAGUUCUAUCUUUGCUUGGGUAGGAUUAUCGACGAGUACCGAUUGAGGCAUGCCUUGUGGUGCAACUGCGGUCCCUCGUGUUUCCACGUCAAUCAGAAUCAGCAAAACACCGAGCUGUGUGUACAGGAUAGAUUUUGUUCAGCUCUGAUGGUCGAAGCUCAUGAUGUUCUUGCUGGUGUUCUCGCAGAACUCAGUAGUACGGAGAGAGAUACCUUCUUCGGUGUAUUACCUUUCUACAUCGCUCGAACUCUAGGUGACACCAAGUCGAUCGACAUUAUCCUCCGUUAUCUCGAAACACGGCCGUCGCCGGUGCAGGUUGCUCUUACGAAUAAUGACGGCAUAUUUUGCAUACAGACCAUCAUUUACACAACGCUGGCCAGCGACAGCGGUACAACUGCUCAAACACUACUCGACUACUACAAGAAGAACCUACCUCCUCCUGAGAGGCACAUCUACAACGGAUGGGUGCGCAGCGCUACCAAUCAGCGUUCUACCCAAAACCUCCACAACCUAAGGGCCGUCCUCGAUUUUAAUCCUGGGGGCAGGACACGGAUCUUACGCGAGACGAUUCUCACUGUGUGCGCCUGCGGCAGUCAUGAGGAUGUCCAAGAAGUCCUCAAGCGCGUUGAAGACGUGGACAAGGGAACAGUGCUGAACGCUCCCAUCUUUAUCGCUGUUCGAUCCGGUCGCAUCGCCGCUGUACAGGGUUGCAUCCAGGCAGGUGCUAAUGUGGACCUCGCCGUACCUUCAAACAUCCCAACACUCCACAAAGACACUAUCACGCCCCUCGACGUCGCUAUGAAUCGGAACGAUGGCUAUAUUGCGGAAGUCCUCAUCAAGGCUGGCGCAACAAUCCCGCACAUAUCGCAGUGGCCAGGGACUAGGCGCGUGUACAAGGUGUUGCGCAAGGCCGUCUCGGAACGCACUAAAGUCAAGCUGCCGGAUCUGAGGAAGUUUCAACAUAUGAGCCUGGCAGAACGCAAGGAUAUACAGUAUUAG